AUGAAAGUGUCGCAGCGGUUCGAGAUCCUGAUGCAGCAGCGUCGGCUCCAGCCCGAUGCUGCCAGCAUGACAGAUGGAGAUUUGUUGCAAUCCAUUGUGAGCAAGUUCAACAACUUCAAAGCCAACGCGGCUUUGAAAAAGUGGCAAGUGACGCCUGACCAACACUCCGCGAUCCUUGGAAUAGUAUGCGGUAUGACACAGGAGUCCAGACAGGACUAUUGUCAAGACCUAGAUGCUCUCGUGAUGGGACGACCAAACAACAUCACCGUCCAGAUGGUGGGCAUGUGGCAAGACCAUAUUGGCAAAUCAUUGAUGAAAAAAGCGGCCGGUGAACAUGGCAGUGCAGCUGAUCAAGAGACAGCAGUUACCUGUGCUAACUUGGCCCAUGACUAUCGUGAAGCUGUGGCAUUCAACUUGAAGAAGAAUAAGGUCAACAACAAGUUUGGUGAGGCUGACAUAACCAGAACUCACCACCUGGGCUAUUGCGACUUGUCGAAGAUGGGCCGUUUAACGGCAUUGAAUAUCGACCAAGUCUCCAGGUGGGCAAAAGGAGUUCUGGACAUGAAUCCAGACUUCAGCAACUUUGAGGCGAUUUUGGAUGGAUGCCUUUCCAGAGUUUCGACCCUGAAGGGUCAGGCCCUGAUCGUGCAUCACCAAAGCCUCUACGAUGCCCAGUUCGAGCGUGUGGUCUUGGAGUUGCAAAGCGAGUUGUCGGACAAUUGCCAUGUGUGCUUGUACGCGGAAACGGAGAACCCAACAAUCUUCCAGUACGCGGUGACUCAGGUGAAAGACAAAUUGCUUGAGGUGGUUUCGAAUCCCGAGACGGCUCCAGCCCCAUGUCCCAACAACAAUGCUGAGAACAUGGACUUGGGGGAGACAAGGGAUGAGAGCACAACAACAGUUGCUUCUUCUGGUGAAGCCCCUCCCUCAAUGACACCCGAUGAGUUCAAGCAGAAGUACCCAGAGGUGGGGGCCACGGUUUCCCUGAACCUGGGCGGGCACAAUGUGAUCUGCCACUACGUUGAUGGCAAGGCCUUCCUGACCAGUCCCAGCAAGAUCCUUUUGGCAGGAUUGGACAGCGCAAACCCACGACCACUCUUCUUAUACUCUGGCGGACAAUGGAUCAGCGAUUCCUCGAAGGCAAAGGACUUUCUGUCAAAGCCAGCAAACGAGAGCAAGGGGGUGGAAUUUCGAUUGGAAAGUGCUGAUUCUAUGGUGGUCCUGGAAGAGCCUGUCCAGGGUGGCAGCCCACAAGACACAUCCCCAAUGAUGCUCCACAAAUUGCUGAAGCUGUUGGAACAACGUGGAGUGGUGCAGUUCACGGUCACAGGGCACCAAUGUGAUCGCCCACCAGAAGUAAAGCGUGGCGAAGCAGCAGACCGCUUCGAGGUCAAGCAUGAAUCCUUCUCCGUGUACAAACCGAACAAUGUGAACUUGAAGCAGGUCAAAGCAGGAAGCCUUGCGGGCUUGAUUGGGACAAAGGCCCUAUCGAAAUCCCGCUGGGUCAAGAUGGUUUGGCGUACUUUGGUAAACUUUGGCUCAAGUUUUUGGAUGGAUAUAUAG